AUGCCCUCUCAAUCAUUGACUGAUCUACGCGAUAUGCCACUCUUAGGUCGAGGAGCCACUGGCUUGGUUUAUAAAGUGACAGAUGCGAUGGUUGUGAAACUGGCUUGCAAAGGAGCCGAGGAGCAGAAAGAUCAUGCCAAUGAGCAGCGCAUGUUCGAGAUGAUCGAGGAGAAUCCCGGAAAGAUCCCUUACCUGAUUGAAUGUCACCAUCGAACUCCGCAUGUCACGUUCCUACAAUUUGCCUCUGGCGGAGGUUUCGCAGUGCUUCUCAACAAAUACCAGAAGCGCGAUGAGCAAAAUGGCUGGAAGGUCCUGGAACUCACGCAAGCCCUCGAUACGCAGGAUAUCGACCGUUGGAUGGAGCAACUGUGUGAUGUCGCUGCCACCUUGGAACGACUCGGACUGGCUCAUAAUGACAUCCGCCCGGGCAAUAUGCUUCUCGACGCAGAGCGUAAUCUGAAAUUGGCUGAUCUCGAUCGUGGCACGAAGGUCGGAGAAGACAUUCAGGUGCUGACCGAACCAUUUGGUCGGCUCCUAAACAAAUCGGAAGGCAUCGAUGCAGGCAGCUAUGGUAAGACAGGCGCUCGCACAGAUAUUUUCGCUAUCGGCUCCGUCUUCUACAGCCUUCUUCGUGGCUGUGAGCCUCACGAGACUGAAUAUUGGGGGAACAACCAUGGUGUUAUCCUGAGUUAA